AUGAUCAACGAUCUUGAACUGGCAUCCUCUAGCACUGACCAUUGGAAAUACGUGGAUGACGUAACAAUAUCGGAGUCCUUAAAGAAAAAUGAAGUUUCAGUCCUACAAUCUGAUCUUAACACAAUUGAAAGAUGGACUGUUAAUAACAACAUGAAAUUGAACGGAAAGAAAUGCAAAGAAAUGAUACUGAGUUUCGUCCGUAGCGAGAAUGACAUCCCCCGACUCCUCAUUGAUGGUUUACCUCUAGACUUAGUUCCUUCUUUCAAAAUUUUGGGCUUAACCAUGAACAAUAAAUUGAAAUGGCAAGAUAACACUGAAGCGUUAGUUAAAAAAGCCUCAAAACGCUUAUACAUUAUUCGUGUCCGACAGCGCUGUGGUCUUCCCCCCAAUGACCUCUUACUAGUCUACUUUUCUAUGGUGCGCUCUAUCUUAGAAUAUGCCUGUCCUGUCUGGCACACCAUGUUACCAAAGUGUUUGGGGGAUAAAAUUGAAAAAGUUCAAAAAAGAGCUUUCCGUAUUAUUUAUCCGACAACAGAUUACGAGGAUGCUCUCAACAUCGCUAAAUGCAAGCGCCUUGUCGACAGACGUCAAGAGCUAUGUGCUAAAACAUUCAAAAAGAUCUUAAAACCCGAUGCUCACCUCAACCACCUCUUACCCCCACUCCGUGAAGAAUCGCAUGAACUGGACUUAAGAAACAAUUCUAACUUCACAUUAACUAAAUGCAGAACGGAACGUUUUAAAACUAGUUUUAUACCAGCAAUGACUGCUAAUUUUAAUAGAAAAUAA